GUUGUUUGUUCGCCUCAGACUCUGCCUCUGGGCCUUCUGUUCUAUUCCAGAGACACGGUACCAGAAUAUUUAAAUCACUGUGGCGUUAAAUACGUUUUAAUAUCUGAUAGGGCCAGUUUCUGCGCAUUGCACUUUUUUUUUUCCUUUCAGGAACGUGUUCGGGCCCGCGGCAGGGGGCGGGGUCGCGCCUCCGCCUCGGCUCUGGUUCCAGCCGAGCCUCACCGACGCCGGCCGAGAUGGAAAUCCCGAGGCUGCUCCCGGCUCGCGGGACACCACAGGGCGGCGGCGGCGGCGGCUGUUGCCCCGCGGGUGGCGGCGGGGUCCACCGAGCCCCGGACUCUCUGGCUUGUCAGGCCCCCACGCGCCGCCUCCUCCUGCUCCGGGGGGCCCAAGAUGGCGGGCCGGGGCCGCGGAGCGCAGAGGCCCAGAGGGCCUCACGGGGCCUGGGCCCGAGUCCUAGCGCGAACCGGUUGGCGCCGAGGCCGGAUCACCCGAGCCGCAGCGGCGGCGGCGGCGGCGGCGGAGGAGGAGGAGGAGGCGGCGGCGGCGGCGGCGGCGGCGGCGGCGGCAGCGGCGACGACUUCUUCCUGUUGCUGCUUGACCCGGUGGGUGGCGAUGUAGAAACAGUGGGCACGGAGCAGGCCGGAGGGCCGGUGUGGAGGGAGGAGGCCGAGGCAGGCCCGGGGCCCGAGCGGCGCGAGAGCGGCGCGAACCCUGCGGGCCGGCCCGAGCCGGGCCCCCGCUGCCUGUCGGCCGUCCCGGCCGCGUCCCCGCUCCCCGCGGCGGGCCCGGGCCCGGGCCCCGCGGCGGCCUUCGCGGGCACCAUCACCAUCCACAACCAGGACUUGCUGCUGCGCUUUGAGAACGGCGUCCUCACCCUGACCACGCCCCCGCUGCCUGCCUGGGAGCCGCCGGGGGUCGCGCCUUUCCCGCAGCCGCAGCCGCAGCCGGGGGGACUGGUCGGCCCGCAGGCCGGGUUUCCGCCCGCCGCCGCGGCGCAGCUGGGCGACUGCCCCGAGCUGCCACCGGACCUCCUGCUGGCCGAGCCGGCGGAACCGGCGCCCGCCCCGGCGCCUCCGGAGGAGGAGGCCGAGGCCCCGGCCGCCGCCCAGAGCCCCCGCGGGCCUCUCGUCCCGGGCCCAGGCGUGGUGCUGUACCUGUGCCCGGAGGCGCAGUGCGGACAGACCUUCGCCAAGAAGCACCAGCUGAAGGUGCACCUGCUGACGCACAGCAGCAGCCAGGGCCAGCGGCCCUUCAAGUGCCCCCUGAGCGGCUGCGGCUGGACCUUCACCACGUCUUACAAGCUCAAGAGACACCUGCAGUCUCACGACAAACUGCGGCCAUUUGGCUGCCCGGUGGAGGGCUGUGGCAAGAGCUUCACCACCGUGUACAACCUCAAGGCGCACAUGAAGGGGCACGAGCAGGAGAACUCCUUCAAAUGCGAGGUGUGUGAGGAGAGCUUCCCCACGCAGGCCAAGCUCAGCACCCACCAGCGCAGCCACUUCGAGCCCGAGAGGCCUUACCAGUGUGCGUUUUCUGGCUGCAAGAAGACGUUCAUUACUGUGAGUGCCCUGUUUUCUCAUAACCGCGCCCAUUUCAGGGAACAGGAACUCUUUGCCUGCUCUUUCCCUGGCUGCAGCAAGCAGUAUGACAAGGCUUGCAGGCUCAAGAUUCACCUGCGGAGCCACACGGGAGAGAGGCCUUUCCUUUGUGACUUUGAUGGCUGUGGCUGGAACUUCACCAGCAUGUCCAAACUCUUGAGACACAAGAGGAAGCACGAGGACGACCGCAGGUUCACCUGUCCCGUGGAGGGCUGCGGGAAGUCCUUUACCCGCGCCGAGCACUUGAAAGGCCACAGCAUAACCCACCUGGGCACGAAGCCUUUCGUGUGCCCCGUGGAAGGCUGCUGUGCCAGGUUCUCCGCCAGGAGCAGUCUCUACAUCCACUCCAAGAAGCACUUGCAGGACGUGGGCACCUGGAAGAACCGUUGCCCGGUGUCCACCUGUAACAAGCUCUUCACAUCCAAGCACAGCAUGAAGACCCACAUGGCCAAAAGGCACAACCUCAGCCAGGACCUCUUGGCCCAGCUGGAAGCUGCGAACUCUCUUACACCCAGCAGUGAACUCACCAGCCAGGGCCAGAAUGAUCUCAGUGGUGCAGAGCUAGUGUCUCUGUUCUCGGACGUGCCUGGCCACAGUUCUGCUGCUGCGGUGCUGGACACGGCCUUGGUCAAUUCUGGGAUCUUGACGAUUGACGUGGCCUCUGUGAACUCGACUCUCGCAGGAAGUCUCCCUGCCGAUAGCAGUAACCAUGCCUUAGGGCCAGCGGUGGACCCCCGGGCCCUCAGGGCCCCCAGUGACCUUCCCCAGAGUCUGGAUACCUCCCUCUUCUUCGGAACCUCGGUGGCUGGCUAUCAGCAGAGCCCCUUAGACAUGGACGAUGUCUCCGGUGGAAACGUGGGGCUCUUUGGCUCCUUGGCCCUGAAAAACUCCAGCCUGGAGCCCCAGGCUUUGACACCCAGCAAUAAGUUAACCGCGGACACCGAAGCUCUGACUCCCUCCAGCACCCUUUGUGAAAACAGUGUCUCGGAACUACUGACCCCUGCCAAAGCCGAUUGGAACGUGCAUCCCGAGUCUGACUUCUUUGGGCACGAGGAGGAAACCCAGUUUGGAUUCUCCAAUCCAACGGGAAGCCAUGGUUCUCAGAAGGACACAGACCUUAUCACGGUGACUGGCACCCCGUUUUUGGUAUGAACCUACUCUGCCCGUGCCCUGACGUGUGGCUCGCUUUUAUUAUUACACUCAAGUCUGAGGAUGUUCUGGACGGAGUUGCUUACUUACCUGCGGUCCUUUCUUGGCUGCUUGGCAAAGGAGCGAGCGCGUCUGUGGACUACAUACAGAUUUAGAGAUUUAAAUUCUCAUCCUGGGUCUGGAACUGAUGAGUUCUGUGACCGUGAGCAAGUCUCUUAACCUAGCUGAGCCUUAAUUUUUUUCUUUUACGUAUAAAGGAGGUUGUUUGGUUAGAUUGCUUCUACUCUCUUUUCAACUCUUUAGGUUCCUGAUAGUGUUUUGUUUUUUGAAAUUUAUUGUGACACCCCAAGAAUGAUAUGCUCCUAUUUUGAAUGUAAAGUAAAUUAAGUUAUGUAAUAGUGAACAUAUACUUUGCACUUCAUGAAUUGUAAACCCAUGCAUCAUUUUAUUUGUCCUUGUUCCCUUCCCCCUUUUAGUAUUAUUUUUGAAGGACUACCAGAUACUAGCUUAUUCAUAAAUAUUCUGUACAGAGCUUCAGAAUACAUUGGGCCUUGAGAAAAGUUUAUUAUAAUAAUUUCUGUAUCAAUGAAAGUCCAUGUUUUUAAGUUCAUAUUGUCACAUAUAUAUUACCUGGUUUAAUAUUCCUUAAUGUUUUGAUAUAUAUUUUAAUCUGUAUGUUCCAUUUCCCCUCUUUUCUUAAGAAUUUAUUCAUUGAAAAUAAUUAUUUUUUGAGUAGAAUUUGCCACAUCCU